AUGGAUUAUUUGAUAUUUAUAUUUUUAUCUCUCGCGUUCCGGUUAUCUCAUACUUAUAAUACAAACAAUAAUUAUUACUUCGAAAAUCAUAAAUACUGUGAUGAUUUAUCCCCGUACUAUGGUGAAAUAGAUUUAGACCAAAUAUCCGGAAUCUGGUACGGCGUAGAAAAGCUUCCUCACGUCAAAGGGGAAUAUCGAGUUGAACAUACAAAUGAAUGUUUUUACGUCGAUAUUAAGGAGUUGUACAUUCAGCCCACGCCACCUACUCCGUACCCACCCCUGACGAAUUCCCCUUACAUGAACCGGGCUUUUGGAAUCCCCGAGCAGUACAGGAUCCGCCAUUUUGUUCUCGAGUGGCACGAGGGCUUGUGGCAAGACGACUAUCAUAUUAAAGUCAACACGUCCCACAAAGGAUUCUGGCCGACAGAUGUUCCGAAUGGAUCUGUGGACAAAAUGUAUAGGUUCUUCGGCGGUGUAAUCCAAGUGUUGAAAGUUUCACAUAAUCAUCUGGUUCUCAACUUCUGUAUGAGGCUGCCCCAUUCCCAGAUGUACAGCGUUGUGCUCGCCAGAAAUGAGAACCAAUUGACGCCAGAAGACCUUGCCAGCAUUCAUAAUAUAUUUUCCAUGAAGAACCUAUCGACGUCAACCGAGGACGCCUUGUCCCAUAUUCUUUGCGAUAUCGUUAGUGAUAUCAUGUUUGCGCCGUUGCUUCCCAUUUACUUAAGCAUAGGGUUAGUCCAGGGUCUUUGUGGUGAUGCUAUUCGCUGGUCACACAGAGUCAACAUAGAAGAUGUCUACGGCGUCUGGUACGGCGUUGGCUAUGCCCAACAUAACCCAGAUAUGACAAGUGAACCGAAUGCUGUGGGGUGUGUCACUUUGUACAUAUCGGAUGCUGACGAUCUAUUUAAUUACAACGAUAAUUUUCUGGACGCGACUCGGAGCAAUUAUACGGAUUCAAAGUGGAGGUCGUCAAAGAGUAAUCCGUGGUCAAGUAACGCGUUAGCAGGAUCCUGGCUGGAUAUAAGGCUGAACAAGAGAUCGAAGAGGGACUUGUUCGGCCAAAAGAGGAUAAGAGUGUUGUGGGAUGAGGACGGGCAUUCGAUGGAACAGAUUUAUCUCUUCUAUCCAGAGGAACCAGGCUUUUGGACGGCCGAAACUAUGACGAGCUGGGAGUUGGAGAUGAAGUCGAAAGGCGUAGAGGUAUGGUAUCCCGACGACCCACCACGCCAUCCCGAUGUUAUCAGGCUCCUAAAAGUUACUCCGUACACGCUAAUUCUGAAUCAUUGUUCCGAAAUAGGGGAUGGUGGUAUUUUCUCAUUAAUACUACGUAGAUCGCCAUCAAGAGUGGAGAGUUAUAGAUACGGUGAUAGCACCCGUUACCCUCCCUACUCCACACCAGCAAGUGGAUACAACCAAAAUCAAUUUCCCUACAAAAACACCUAUGUUAGUGAUAUCGCUCCAUUCCCGGAAGGUACCAGAUACCCUAAUUAUAGCCCCGGAUAUUCAACUAACCGACCGAAUUACAACUCGGCUGGAUCCGGGAAUGUGUUCUUGACGGGGUACAACGGCGCAAGAGGGGAUUACGGCAAGAAUUACCAAGGUUACGGCUUUGACAAGAACUAUGGCCCGGUAAGCUCCUACGAAAGACCAUUUUUCCAAUACAACAACGAGUACUGUCAGAACAGAUCGCCACAGAACGGUAUAUGGAUUGACAGUCUGACGGGAAUGUGGUUCGGGGUUGAAUAUAUACAACAUUUGGGUGGAGAUUCAAGAAUCGACUUCGGAAGAACGUGCAUCGUUAUCCACAUUUCGGAGCCGAACGAUAGGAACUUUUACAUUUCACUUUGGAGAUAUUCUGCGAGCCCGUGA